AUGGGAAAGAUCACCUUCUACGAAGACCGUGGCUUCCAGGGCCGUUACUAUGAGUGCAGCAGUGACCACUCCAACCUCCAGUCCUACUUCAGUCGCUGCAACUCUGUGAGGGUUGACAGUGGCAACUGGAUGAUCUAUGAGCAGCCCAAUUAUUCAGGCUGCCAGUACUACCUGAGGAGGGGAGAGUAUCCUGACUACCAGGAGUGGAUGGGUUUCAAUGACUCCAUCAGGUCCUGCCGCAUCAUCCCUCAUCAGACUGGGUCCCACAGAAUCCGAAUCUAUGAGAGGGAAGACUACAGGGGCCAGAUGGCGGAACUCAGUGAAGACUGUUCUUCCCUCCAAGAUCGCCUCCAUUUCCAUGAGGUUUACUCUCUCAAUGUGUUAGAGGGUUGCUGGAUUCUUUAUGAAAUGCCUAAUUACAGAGGAAGACAAUAUCUGCUGAGACCCGGAGAAUACAGAAGAUUCCAAGACUGGGGGGCCAUGAAUGCCAAAGUGGGCUCUUUGAGGAGAGUCAUGGAUUUGUACUAA